AUGGUGGACACAAACGAAAUCACCAAGUCAACCCAAGUCGGCGGAGGUGCCAGCGAGGCCCAUCGAUAUGUCGACAACCUCAGCGAAUCUGUACGCGAUCAUCUAAGCAGAGUAUUUGGCGUGGUGGGUGCUUGGAACAGCGAACAAAUCACGAAGUUCUUGAAAGAGGUCCAGAACGAUGACGACAGCUCCCCGAUUGCUUUUCGAGAGAGCCUCGACUACGACGGCUUUCUUACCUACAUGCUGUCUCCGGCAUCCGCCGUCACUGCAACGCCCAAGGAGGAAGACCUUUCAUGGCCUCUGCACAGCUACUUCAUCAGCUCCAGCCACAACACAUAUCUGACGGGCGAUCAGCUCACCAGCGAUUCCAGCACAGAUGCCUACAAGAACGUCUUGCUGCGCGGGUGUCGCUGCAUCGAGAUUGAUGUUUGGGACGGUGAAGAUUUGGAGCAGUCUAGCGAUGGCGAGAACGAGCCGUCCAAGGACCAGUUCAAAGCGCUGAUGAGCAAAUUGCCGAAACUAUUUUCUAGUCGCACCAAGAAGAAGGCCUCUUCACAUGGGUCGAUCGAAGAGGAACGACAUGCCAACAUCCCCGAGGCUGAUUCAAGCUCAGUCACGACCAUGCAAACUACAGGAACAGUUGUUGAACCUCGCGUGCUGCAUGGCUACACCCUCACCAAGCCGAUCCUGUUUCGGGAUGUUUGCAACACGGUCCGUGAGCACGCUUUCGUCGUAAUCGAUCUGCCUCUCAUCGUCAGUCUGGAGGUUCACUGCUCUCCCGAGCAACAAGCUAUCAUGGUGCAAAUCAUGGAGGAGAUCUGGCAGGAUCAUCUUGUCGUGACACCCGACGAAGAACCAACAAAGCUGCCGAGUCCGUCCGAUCUCCGACAUAAGAUUCUUAUCAAAGUCAAAUAUGUCCCGCCAACUCACAACCUGGAUGACGAAGCUUUGGUGGUUACUGACGACCACGAUGACGGGCGACUUCCUCCAAGUGCACCUGUAUCAAAGCCAUCUAAGAUCACGCACGCGCUCAGCAGGCUUGGUGUGUAUACCAGAGGCGUCACAUUCACGGACUGGACGCAGCCCGAGGCGAUCAUGCCGACGCAUGUUUUCUCCCUGGCAGAGACAGCAUUCGAGACGGCUGCCACAGCGCCCGAAUCCGUAUUCAAUCACAACAAACAAUUCUUUACAAGGACCUACCCCGGCGGCUUCCGUAUCAACUCUUCCAACUUUGACCCCGCUCCCCACUGGGCCUUGGGAGUUCAAUUGGCCGCGUUGAAUUGGCAGAAUUGGGAUGUCGGAAUGAUGCUCAACGAGGCCAUGUUCGCCGGCACAAGGGGUUACGUCCUCAAGCCGGAAGGUAAGAAACAAACUUCGAUCCUAAUCCGCACUCUCGAAGAGCUUGAUGAAAACGUUAAAAUCUAA